AAGUCCAACGUCUGUGUGUUCCUAAGGAAACAACAGUGCAACUAAGUUCACAGAGCAGAAGCGGAACUUACUGGAAGCUCAUCGCUGCAAUGAGAGGAUGAAACUGCUAUCAGUGGAGCGCAAAAACCAGUUCUUGUGCCAAAGGUAAACCUCAACCUAGUGGCCACAGGCUAACCAAUGGAGGAUCACAUGGCCUCAUCAGAGACGACGGGUACCGGAAGCAGUUCUGUUACCAUGGCAACAGACUCAAUGGGAACUCCUCCGGCCCUGCGGCUAAUGUGUAACAGAGUGAAGGUGCUGGAGCAGACAGCAGGUUCAACCAUCCAGUCCGACAGCUACCUGAGGAGCAGGGUCAGAGAGUUGGAGAGGUCAGAGAGGAGCCUGCUGCUACAGCUCUAUCAGCUAGCCUCUGCCUCCCAUCUCCCCCGCAUGCAACGCUCCCAGAGGCUGGACCAAAGACUCCACAUGCUCAGGGAGGAGGUCAGGACCAUGACUCAAGAGAAGGAGCAAGGGGAGCGGGUAUGGAGGGAGCGACUGCAGCGCUGUCAGAGGCAACUGAAGGCCAAAGAGGAGGAGAUGAGUCGCCAGUCCCAGUACUUUGAGAACUUUAAAGCCCAACUCCAGCACAAGCUCAGACUGGCCUGCGACAGGGAGCGGGGCCUACAGAACCGGAUCUACACUUUAGAAAAGCAGCUGCUUGACAUGACUGUGAGUGCCGCCACUGGCAUGGCAACGAUCAGUGCAGUCAAAAUUACUGCUGAGACUGUAACACAUUCGGUAGAGCAAGAGAGGUUAACUUCUAUGCGAGGAGAGGGUGAAGGAGAAGAGGAGAAAAAGGAGGAGAGGAAGAAGCAAUGGCAGCCAAGUGUGGGAACUGAUAGAGAAGGUGGACAAGAGGGUGACGAGGGAAAGAAAGAAAAAGAAACAGAACGAGGAAGAAACAAAGACACAGAAAAGAGCUCAAAUGAGGCCAGGCUGCAAGGCUUCAUUCUGAGCCUGCAGGAGGAUCUCAAGGUGCUGCUGGAGAGAGAGGAGGAUGGAAUGACAGAGCGGAGGGGACUUAUGGAACAGCUCCAGGAGGCCCAGGAGAGCAGCCACUUCCUGGGCUGCAAAGUGGAGGAGAUGAAGGCAGACGUGCGCCAGCUGAAUCUGUCUGAAAGCUCCCUAAUGGAUGAGGUUGAAGAGCUGAGAGAGGAGAACCACAGACUUCAGCAGAUCCUCAGGGAAGCUGCAAACCAAAAACCCAGUCAGUCGUCCACGACCCCUGAGUCCGAAUGCCUGAGUCCUGGGACGAACUCGCUCAGCUGCGGUCCCGCUGUUUGUCCUGGGCCCUCCAACACUCAGUCAUAUACCGACGCCAGGGGACACUCCUCAGUGGGGAGCUUGAAAGAGGUCCAGUCAACCCUGAAAGGGGAAAUAGACCCGUCAAAUUCAUAUGCAGUUCCACAUGUUCACCGCCAGAUUGCAGCAGAGAGCGCACAGAACAGCAAAGAGGAUCACUCAUCAUCUGCCAAAUCAGACCCUCUGAGCAUCUUUGCUCACCGUGGCUCCAAACGCAACCUCAGCUUCAAGUCACUUGCCUUGACUACAGAGGCAAUAGAUGAGUUUAAACUGGGGACCUGGUGCUCAAGAGGGCUCUUAAACCUGGAGGAAAGCCCCAGUGAGGAAUCCGAUGCCCUGAGGGAAGCGUAUAAGAGCUUGGGGCUAGGGGAGGAUCUUGAGGCCCUUCGAGAACAACGUGACCGCCUGGGGUCCGCCAUGCAGCAGACACAGGAACAGGUGAAGGUGGUGGAUCCGGAGAAUACUCAACUGAAAUUACAACUCAGGAAACAGGCGAAGGAACUAGAUGCGGAGCGGGGGUCGUCAAGAGAAAAGAUUGGCACACCAUCCAACUGCGAGAGAGCUGACCAUCUCCAGUCCUCUCCUACCCAAGACAAAACUAUUCCCGCCCACGCCCAGGAUGAUCUUGUCCAGGCCUUGAAUCAGGAGAGCUGGGCCUUGGCGGACCGGAUCCAGGAGCUGCUGGCUCACAUUGAGCUCAGAGAGGAGGAGAUAAAGAUGGAGCAAACACAGCUGAGGGACCAUAUAUCCAGGUUAGAGGAGGACAGAGACAGGCUGGAGCAGGAGAACCAGGAGCAAGUGGGUUUGAUCACAGAGCUCACAAGGAAGACUGAGGAUGAUCUCAACACCAUCAUGGAGCUGCAGCAAAAGUUAGAAGAGACUAGAGAGCAGAACAACCUCGAAGAAUGUGUAGACAGGUUGAUUGAAAGUGUGCUAAAAGGGGAAGAAGAACCACAGCUGAUGUCCAGUCAACACCCAGAUGAUUUGAUCACCGCUCCAGCACCUGUAUUUCAAUAUAAUAAUCACCAUGAUCAGUUGCAGAACAGCCCACAGAACAGUUUUCACGUUAGUUCAUUGACUGAUCACGUGGACCACCUGACUAAAACUGUCCAGACUCUCAAAACAGAACAAGAUGAACUGACAGGCAACAUAAAUUCUCUCAGAGAGCAGCAAGGAGAAGUAGCUCUGUCAGUCCAAAGACAGACAGAAGAGAAACAACAGCUAACUCGGACAGUUUGGGGACUGAAGGAGGAGAAAGACCGUAUCUCUCAGUGUCUGGCUAAUCUCAGACAAGAGAGAGAGCACCUUACCAGGACAGUCUGUGGGCUAAAAGAUGAGAGAGAUCACUUUAUUAGGUCUAUGAGUGGCCUGAAAGAAGAGAAAGAGCAGCUAAUAAAGUCUAUAUCUGGUCUUGAAAGGGAAAAAGAGGCACUGACAGAAUCUCUCUCAAGUGGUAAAGGGGAGAGGAAUCAAAUCAUGCAAUCCCUACAAAGUUCAAAGACAGAGAGUGACCGGGCGGUGCUCAAUUUGAAACAGGAGAGAGACGAACUAACCAUUUCGCUUAAGUGUCAGGAGCAAUCAUCCCACACUUUACAAGAUGACCAUGACAAGAUAAUAAAGUCAGUUAGCAGUUUGAGAGAAGAAAAAGAAAGAACUGAACAUUCAAUUAGUUGUCUGAAACAAGAGGAAAAGCAGAUAAUGCUUGUAAUUCAGGGCCUAAGAGAAGAAAGAAACAGCCUCCAAUCUGGUCUCCCCAGCCAAACGCAAUCAGAGGAGAGGAUUCACAGGCAGCAUCUGUUGAAUGCAAACAGUGCCGGUACGACAAAGACGACUGAGAAUCUUAUUGGGACAGGAGAUUAUGCUGCACAAAGAUGUUCGACUAAUAACUACAAAGGGAACUCUAUACAGGAGCAAAGUGAUCUGAUGAGGGAGAUCGAAGCUUUGGGAGCACAGCUAAAGAGGUCACAAGAGGAACUGGACAAGAGCCACGUGGAAACAGAGAAGCUGCAGAGUGAAUUGUGCCAGUCAGAGGCCGGGAGGGAAGAGGCAGAGAGGAAGGCAGCGCAAGCAGCGGAAACUGUGAUGAUACUGACAGAUGUAGCCAGGAAGAUGGAAGAAACCAGGAGGGAAAAUGAGAGCCUAAACACCCAGGUGAAGGAGCUGCAGAGCAAACUGACAGGCCUGGUCCAGGAGAAGACUGAUGCUCUGUCACUAAAGACACAGAUAGAGGAGCAAUACAACAUCCUAACAGCUCAACUCAAAGCUAAGACGGUGGCUCUUGAGGAGCUGAACUCCAAGCAUAUCGCUCUACAACGAGGGCAGGGCAGCAAGGAUGAUCUGUGCACUGUUCUCGUGUCACUCCGGACGCGUUACAACGACAUCAGAGCUAAGUAUGAUGCACUCCUGAAAAAGAGGAGCCAGAGAGAUCUGGAUAUAGCUCCUUUAAAGGCCAAGCUGUCGUGCUUGGUGGUGAAGUGUCAGGAGAGGAACCACUUCUUAGUUCAGAUGAUGAAAGCCAUGCGCAGACAAGGGUGCGUAGACUUCACACUCACACAGCAGGUUGAGCAGCUGCUCAGUGACGCUGCUCUCCAGGACUACACUGCAGCGUUCACACAGGGAAGCAUCGUAAAGACUGGGGAUUACGAUGCCGGGUGUACACCAAGAUUCAUUUCAAAAUUUCGAGACUACACCCCUGGAUUCAUACCUGAUCAGACCUGCCCCGCUAUACUCACACCUGCAAACAAGCAACAACAAAAUGGUUUCGAACCUGAAUCUGGAGUAAAAUGCAGAGACCUUAAAAGUGAAGAACACAUUUCUAUAUCCACUACUCAAUCUUCAACAAAUCUUCAAGACUGCAGUAGUGACGUCACACCUGCAGCAACAGGAACACUAAAGAAAAAUGCCAACUCACCUGUGCCAACAGUACCAGUGCAAGAGAAUGCCAGUUUCAAAGUGACACCUGUUUUUCCAGCACUGAAAGAGAGCUUGAUCACCAAUACAGCACAGCUGUCUCCCUCUGCCAGUGGACCAACCCAAGCCACCAGUGGUCCAGAGGAGUCUGGGUUUCAUCAUCCAGAUAUGAAAGGAAAGUCUUCCCCAGAUCUGACCAGUUCAACUGGAUCCUCACUGGGUCCUACUCCUCCCUCCUCCAGCACACGUGUCAGUCCGAGCAGGAGGCUGAGUAGUCCUGAGAAGAUCAUCAGCUUGCAUGAGCAACUGCAGAAGACUCUGAUGAACAGCUAUCAGGCUCCAGUGAGCAGAGGAAGAGAACAGGAGCCCAGGAAAAGGCCCUCAAUUUUAGCCCCUGCAGACCUGAACCCGGCCUCUCAGACAGAUAACCAGGGCCUCAGUUUCAAUAAACCACAUACCAGCUCUGUCCCUGUCACCACUGCUUCAAGCCAAGCUAAGCAUGCUCCUGCAGUAACAACUAAACCCACUGCCACUAAUAAGUCAACAACGCUCUUUAAUGCAGUUGCUUCCAGAUCUGCUAAUGUUACAUUUAGCCCCAAAAUUUUUAAUUACCAUUAUUUUAAUGCAGACAUAUCUGAAACUACAAUGUCUGCUCUUUCCAGCUCCUCUAGCUGUCCUUUUGCUGCUAUGGCACCAAACAAAUCCAAAUCCACCUCAAACAGUGGCACUAAUCUGACAAUAUCCCCAAAACUGACAAAGAAAGUCACUGCUAUCCCUAAUUUAUCGGUUUCAACUCCUUUAACUCAGGGGACCACUUCCUUUGAUUCUAAUGUCUUAACAUGUUCUGACACUAAUCCAAAAACCACUGCCUCAGAAAUGACUGUCCCUGGCGAAUCAUCUGCCCCCAAAUUUAAUAUUUUUAAUCGGGCUGCCCCUGCAUGUGAUGGACUUGUAUUCGCUGCAUCAGCUCAUUGCGCUCCUGAGAGAUCCAACAAGUCUGCCAGAAAGUCCACUGCUGCUCUAGAUAGGACAAAGACAGCAAGAGCCAGACCAGAAGCUCCAGCAGAGGUGCGCUCUGUCGAGGUCAUCAAAGCAGUGGGCCAGAGCAGCCUCAUGAUUGGCUGGGAGAGGCCACCGCUCGACGAGCUGGGCUGCAGUAACGGCACGUUUGUGUACGGAUACAGGGUGAUUAUAGAUGGGGACUUCCAUAAAUCUGUCAUGAGCUCAGCGUGCACCAAGUGUAUUGUGGAGAAUGUUGACCUGUGCGUCCCGGUCGAUAUCAGUGUCCAAACGCUGGGAUCUAAUGGUCUAAGUUCAAGCAGUGUCCACACCAUGUACAGGACCUCAGUCGGGACAGACCAACACUGACUGUCUACAACAUCUCACAAAGUGUUUUAGACCCACAAUGCACAGCCAUCUAUAGCUGCAGCCCUCUGAGGGACCGUCCUAACCUCCACCUCAGCUGAGACACCGACACACUGCUGGGAUACCUUCUCCAUGUGAGGCUCAGGUCAACCAAUCAGAAAAACUCACCUUACAGGGUCUUUACCUGCGAGCACGCAGUGACCUGCGACCAGCCACAAAACCUCAACAUGAUUAACUGAAGAUGUCAAACAAAAAUUGCAUAAGAUUCCUGCGUCUGCGCUGAGAUUUAAUCUGCAUGUAAAAGCAGGGGAAGAUUGGCUCCAUCCUUGGUGGAAGACCUUCCUGUUUCAGAGCUCCACCCACUGGGUUCACCUCAUGAAUGGAUCGGACGUUGUGACUGCCAGUUGAAAGGCCAGAGCGGCUUCCAAUCAAACAAAUCCUGAGAAACUGCUAAAAACAAAAGUCUAUAAAGCCAAGCUCAAUCACAUUGUCAAAAGCUGCCUGUGACACCUACAUUUACUAACUAUGGAGGGACAUCUGCUUCUGCUGCACACUUUAACACUGUGUUAAACUCCGACAGAUUAGGUGUCAAAUAGCUUCAUCGCAGAUUCCCACUGCUGCCUCUCUGUAGUCUGUGACGUGAACAGCUGGCUGAAGGGACUUUUACUGUAUGAAAAGUCUUUUUUAAAGCAACACUUACUGUAUAACGUGUUGACACGGCAUUGUACCCGCAGGUCAUCUUACUUGAUUUUUACACAUGAAGCCAAAUAUGAGAAAAGAUGAUUCACUCCAAAGACUUAUCUGUUUCCUUCUCCUCAUAGGUCUACGGGAUUUCUUUAAAUGCAGAAGCCAGAUGGCAUUUUAGUUCUAAAAAUUUGCACACAAUCAUUCAUUUUAAAAAAGAGAUUACCACUGAUAUUUUUUGUAAAAAAUAUUAUUAAAAAAUAUGCCUAUGGUGUAUACAAAAUUAUACGACAUAUGUCUUUUUGUAUGAGUGAUACUUUGUUUUUCAUACCUAAUCGACGUCAUGUUUGCACACUCAUAUCGAUUUUGUUUUAUAUAAAGUUCACAACACACAUGUGAUUUUUGUUACUCACUGUAUGUACGAGUGUAGAGUGACCAUGGUGCAGCAAAUGUAUUUUUAUAUCAGUAAUUGGUAAUAUUGAUUUCCCAUUGAUUCUU